CAAACGGUUCAAGCUAGUGUCUUAUCUUUGGCCAGCUGACAUGUGCAGCAGAAUUUGUGUUGUAGUCUUUUUUAGGUCUUAAGUAUAUUCUCAAUUUGUAUCUUGAUUAUUUUGUUGAACAGAGACAGAGAACAGGUUUAUUGUUGGACUUAUGGUAUUUUGUCAGUGGUUUGAUGAGUACCAGUUUCUUUUCAAUUAACCUUACAGUGGAGAGGUCAGAAGGUCACCUGAAUUACAUCCUCGUGGUGUAACUAGUCUUGUCUGUGUGUGUUCACGGAUUGAGCUCUGCCUUGACACUUAAUGUUAAUAUUUUAAUAGUGAUUUAAGUGGGCUGUUUGCUUGGAUUUACCAUUGUUGCCCUUGGAUACAGGUAUAUUGAGCUAUUAAAAAUUGAAAAGGGGAAUUACAAUUACUACAAGCAGAGACUUGAUCUGAAUUGACUGAUCUGUCGUGUUGAGCUUGCCGAGUGAACAACUACCGCGGUGUAGAUGAUGCUGCGAUGUUCAUGUAGGGGAGGAGCAGCUUAGUGACGUUUGGUUUAGUUCUUGUUAGUGCAGUCAGAAGCAGUCUGAAGGAAGCACUCAUGUAGUCAGAAGCAGUCUAAAGGAAGCACUCAUGCAGUCAGGUGGAGCCAAGAAGUUCCUGUACACGGGUCCCAAAUCUAAGGAACAUGCAGAAGAGGACCAGAUGAACUUCUCUCCCCGGAAAUCCUCCGGCUCCUCACCUUUGGCUUUAGACCUGGAUGAGGUGUGGAGUAUCAAGAGGAAUGUCGGCAUCGGCGCGGCCCAGCAGGACAAGCUGAACCUGAACGCCAACAAGAGCUUCUACUCCCGACAUGGGGGCAUGAAAGACCCAACUGCAUCGUCAUCCAUCGCUGGUGCUGUGCCAGACAGCAUGUGGACACCUGGGAGACGCGGGUACAGCUAUUCAUCAGGAACCAAUGUCAAGGACACUCAGGGUCAGAGUUCACAAGGGCAGACAAAUAAAUGGGCCCAUGAUGAACAUGAUUUCUAACAAGUGCUAUUAUAUUAAGUAUAUGACUAAUGACCAUGAAUGGUUUGUUUAUGUUGCCUAACUUGUGUACAGAAGGAGGUUUAGUGCUGCCAGGUUCAACCUUUAUGAGUGCUUCAUCUGCUAUCUUCUUGGACUACUGUCAACUGUUAUGUUACCAUAGUUACUGCAGCUGGUGUUUGAGGAAGGUUGAGGAGGAUCACUUAUUUCUCAGACUUCACAGAUUGCAAGGUCAGGUAUCCACCUUUGUGGUCUGUUGAUGUGAAAACAAUUCUAAACAAUGUACUUAUUGCCACACACUUUACAAAGACAUUGACACGAAAGUCACGUACACAAAAGUGAAAUCAAAACAUGACUCUUAGCUUGAAAUACCUUCAUAAGAAUGCAUCUUGAUAUGUCUCUACACACCAUGAAUGUUCAGUCAUGAACCCGUCCAUGUUUCAGCAAUUUAUCUCUGCUCUGCUCUGCUGUAUCUCAUAAAUUAAGUACAACACAGUGGACUCAACUAAGAGGGAUCAUUGUAAGAUUAUAUAUGGACUCUCAAACAGUGUUCAGUGUAAGGGAGAUAACUCCUGAUCACGCUACAUAGAUACCUCUACACAUAUUAUGUUUGCAUAAUAGUAAUUGUGUCUUACAAAUCAUAUUUCCCAUGGCACUUUUACAUGUAUCUUAAACAAGCUGAAGUCUGUGAUAUCGGCAUACCAUAACUCUCUUGUUCAUUUUGUUUCAUUUUUAUUUGUGACAAAUAUGCAUCUGAGAUGCAAUGGUUUUGAAGUUUACUUUAUUUUUAAUAACGAACAUGAUGUAUCAUUUGUGAGCAGAUGCUUUGGGGAUUUUUUUAAAUCAGUGAGUGAUCCAUUUGUGCUGACCAAAGUUCUUUUAAUUUUUUCUAUUUAUUUUAUGUAGAUCCUAAAUGUCAGAAGAAGAUAGAGAUUUGGUUUGAAUGAAAACUACAACAGUUGUGAAGCACAUUCUAGGUACACCAUAUUGUGACUGUAAAACAACUAACUGGUAAACAGAACUCAGCUUGGCCUCCAUCAAUAUCCCUCAAGGUCUUCAUCACAACCAGCUGCCCAAAUCAUUUGUCCAAUGUGUCUGACUCUGGUUCAAGAAAGGGGAUUGGGAGAUAUGUUCUUGAAAUCAAGUAACGUACAAGGGGAGAGAACUCUCAGACUCAAGGUCUGGUAAGGAAAAAACCAUAUGAAUGAUAUGUUGUCUUGAUCAGAGAUACCAGAAAACUGAGCUGCUAGCAAAGAUUUUGGAAUUGGUUUACAGAUGCACUGGCACAAAAAGUAUUGAAAUGUGUUAAAAAUAUUUACCUGAAAUUUACAUGUUCACACAAAUAUGUAUAAUAGGUUAAACUGGACAGGAAGCAAAGACUGAUCAGGUGGCAACAUACAUUUUGUAAUAAAAGAAAAUAUAUUACAUUCUGAUAUAUGUUUCACAUGUACUUGUUUCCUUAGCAACCAACCUGGAACUUGUACCGGUACUAUAAAGCCAGUAAAUCUAGAACUUGUGUGGCUUAGUAGAUAGUACCAGAAGACAUGGUAGAACACCACUGUCACAGGAUACCUGUAUUUGUUAUGUGGCACAUCUUGCCAUUAUUGUUCAACAUGUUUGUAUUUUGAUACUGACAUAUGCAGAGCCCAUUUGUGUAUUGUUUUAUGUAUUUUGUGAGGAAUUUAUUCAUAUGUUGUAGCCCUGUGUAAUGUUUAUCUGUUUAUUGGUUUUUAUCAUUGUUUUGAUUGUUUUGAUAUUUAUAAAUAAUAAGGUUUAUGCAACGAGAAGUUCGGCAACGCCAUGAACACUGGAGUUAAAUACUGAGAGGGAAUAUUUUAGGGACUGUUGUAGAAAGUACUUGCAAUAGGAGUACAAUCAAUUAUCUUUUUGUCGCCCUUAUUUUGGCUGUGAACAAGCUGAAGGGGUUGUUGUCAGAUCAGAUGUACCCAUACAGAAAUGUACCCUUUCCAAAAUUGUGACACAGAAAUAUAUCUGACAUGAUACAGGGCCCUGGUGAGUGCUAUUUGGAGAUGAUGCUUGACCUCAUAUGACCUCUUUGUGGAAGAUGUAUUCUGAUGAUAAGGAAAUGCUUCUGUUACUUUUAUAGUUUAUUAUGUUCAAACAUUUUUAAUUUCCAGGAGCCAAACCACUUGUAUUUGUUUUUAUGCUGGUAUGUGGUAUAUCAUAUAGUGUUCAAGGUGUAGGGUGGUGUGUAGUCUGUUUCUACCCUUCUGAUAAACAUUGAUUAAUGGUAAUGCUCUAUGUUGUUAGAUGGUUAACAAAAUCUGGGGCCAAAAGUGGUUAUUUUAUUUUUAAUUCCAUGAAAAUGAAGUUUCUAUUUAUGAAUGAAAAGUUUUUGAAUAUGUCAUGAGUUUCAGUUUUCAACAAAAUCCUAAGUCAGAAAAUCAACAAAUGUACAUGUAAUUCCAGCAGGAUCAUCAGUUGAUCUGUGUUUUAAUUUUUGAGGAAGCAGUUAUAUGAACCCUGGGUAAUCAGUCAAGAUUUCAUUCCCCAAUCAGCUGUUAAGUAUCUUGUUGCCACUCCACUGGGCUAAGUAAGGCUCUUAGUGUCAGGCCACAUAGCAUUCUUUUAAAAUAGUUUCUUUUCUCUCAUUUAAGUAUCAGUUGGUUUUGAAGACCUCCUAACCAAAAAUAAAAAUCCUAUUUAAUGUUCUGUGUUGUAUUGACAAAUCAGCUGGUGCUUGUUGUUUCACAUUGUUAAUUGCACAUAUAACUGCACUUGAUGGAAGCAAUUGAUAAUACAGUCUCAGUAAAGCCAGAUCUCGGACCUCUCUGAGCGGAGUUCUGAGGAGACUUCCAUAGGAGCUUGGGUCUGGUGAACUUUCUAAUCAACAAUCAGAGUUGCGGAAACUAGUCUUAGUACGUGUAGGUGAAACAUCUAAACAAAGAUAUCUGAUAACUCGAUAAGAAAUAUUAUCUAGAGAAUAAUAAGGCUGUGCUGUCAUAUUGUUGUGGGUAUGUCCUGUUGUUUGUGAGCAUCAUGGUCUGCAUCCAAAAUGAUUACUAUGGAGAGUAUUUUGUGGUGUUUCCUCAGAGGUAAAAAUUUCCGAAUCAAGUCAGUAAAAUAAUGAAGCAGAUUUGUUUUGAAAGUUGAUAUCUGAUUGGCUCAUAUCAGGUAACAGAUGUCAUUGUGUUUAGGUUGGUUUACAUCUGACAUUUGUUGGAAUAAGGAAAUAAGAAAAAAGAAUAUUUUCCAUUGCUAAUAUAAUUUUUUUACUGAAACAUAACAUUUAUUGACCUUAAUGUUGAGGACUUACAAUGGCAGUUUGUUGUGUAUUCAGGGGUUCCAGUAAAUCUACUCAUGUCAUAAGGAGUGACAGGAAAUAUACACAGGAGCUGAGGCAACUUUUCACAAGUCAUUAUAGUUCACUAGUUGCUGGAAAAGAAUGGUUUAACACACACAUUGACCUCAUUGUUAGGAUAACUUCCAACUUUCUGUCCUGUUUGCAAGCAAUAAAGUAGAUAGUGUUGUGUCGUGUGUACGGAGAAUA